AAUUUAUGCUAUGAUCUAAACCUAGCUUCAUCUUCCGAGGCAACAAGAUACGGUAAUACGCAGUUGGUGUUUUGACUUUUGAGACCUUGCCUUCUUGAAAUAAAGCCCAAUGCAGAAAAGAGAAGACUUUUGUCAGCUGUGAGAAGACCAAGUCUCUUGUCAAUUUCAGAAUCGUGGUGUGCCACAAACUAAGACAGACUCUUUUUUAACACAACAAAACGUGAAACCCACCAGAGAUAUACAAAGGUUUACAAAAGGAAAAGCCAACAAUCACAUAGACACAUACAUUAGCCUCAGACCUUGUCUCUGUCUUUUCUUUUUAACAUAACAACUAAUAGAUGAGAGGGUCUGCGUCGUUGGUCACGUUAAACCACAAGAUUCUCCGACCGUGUAGGAAACUCCUGAUCAGAAUCACCAAGAGCUGUCCUCGGCGCCAAACCCGGCAUUUGAAACUCAAGAAAGCUUCUUCUUCUUCUUCAAGAAAGCCAGGGAACAAGGUUACCAAGGUGGUGGCCUUGUUCUUCCUCUCUUUCCAUAAGAAGAAGCAGAAGAAAGAGAAGAUGAAGAGGCUCAACGAACUAAGGAGCUACUCCCACGCUGUCAGUGACCAGAAGAAGACAAAGAAGAAGGCCUCAGCAGACCAAGAAUCAAGCAAGAAGAAAGUGUUUCCAUCAAGACUCAAAAUGUCUUGGCUUGGUCAAGGUAAGGGUACCAACAACACACACAAAGUUCCACAAGAUCAGGAUCCACGUAGAGACAGCACAAGCGCAUUCAUUCCGUGAUGUUGUGAAACAAAAGAACAGCCGAGAUCAAAUUUAUCAACAUCAACUCCAUUUUUCAAUGUACACUAAAGAAAUUUAUCCUCUGUAGCUCGAGAUUAUUUAUGUGUACAAAUAUUGAUGCAUAUGACGAUAUUGUAUGGAGAAAAAUGUGAUAAUCAGAAUCAAACCAAUGAUUUUAAAUUUCAGGAAUCCAAAACAUUUAAAUACAAAAAAAGAGAAGAUAGACAUUGGAUCUUUAUACAUCUAUCAUACAAGCACGGACCAUUUGCUUCAUUCCCUAGCUAUACUUAGGCAUGUCAACUCACCGAUACUAGUGAGAAGUUUGAUACAUCGUGAAUUAUUAUUCUCCGACCAGUUCUUAGCAGCACCUCCAUUGU